CCGCCCCUGGGCUCCCGCUGCACGCGGGGCGCUGCGGCUGCUCCGGCAAAGGGGCCGCGGCUGCUUUAAGAGCCGCCUCCCCCUCUCCUCCUCUGACAAUGGUCUGAACCGGGCUCUGCUUCCCAAAGCAAAAUUUGUAAUAUGCCAUUUUUCCGAUGGACGCUUCUCGUUUUGGCUGCUGACGGAGCUACGGGAAGAUGCCGAGCUCCUGCCACGCCACCGGGCCGGGGCACGUUCCGGGAGGGCGCCGGGGCACGCGUGUGUCUGAGCUGCCUUUCUCCUCCCGUUGCUAGGGAAAUGGUCCAGGAGUGCUGGGUGUGAGCCUCCCUUCUCCUCAAGCCGGAGACUGCGGUUGUCAUUGAUCAAUUGAAGAAGCAAGGACCCGAAAUCACAGACAUUAGCAAUGAUGUGUGAAGUGAUGCCCACGAUUAACGAGGACACCCCAAUGAGCCAAAGGGGGUCCCAAAGCAGUGGCUCGGACUCAGACUCCCAUUUUGAGCAGCUGAUGGUGAAUAUGCUAGAUGAAAGGGAUCGUCUUCUAGACACCCUUCGGGAGACCCAAGAAAGCCUCUCACUUGCCCAGCAAAGACUUCAGGAUGUCAUCUAUGACCGAGACUCACUCCAGAGACAGCUCAAUUCAGCCCUGCCACAGGAUAUCGAAUCCCUAACAGGAGGGCUGGCUGGUUCUAAGGGGGCUGAUCCACCGGAAUUUGCUGCACUGACAAAAGAAUUAAAUGCCUGCAGGGAACAACUUCUAGAAAAGGAAGAAGAAAUCUCUGAACUUAAAGCUGAAAGAAACAACACAAGACUAUUACUGGAGCAUUUGGAGUGCCUUGUGUCACGACAUGAAAGGUCACUAAGAAUGACGGUGGUAAAACGGCAAGCCCAGUCUCCCUCAGGAGUAUCCAGUGAAGUGGAAGUUCUCAAGGCACUGAAAUCUUUGUUUGAGCACCACAAGGCCUUGGAUGAAAAGGUAAGGGAGCGACUGAGGGUUUCUUUAGAAAGAGUCUCUGCACUGGAAGAAGAACUAGCUGCUGCUAAUCAGGAGAUUGUUGCCUUGCGUGAACAAAAUGUUCAUAUACAAAGAAAAAUGGCAUCAAGCGAGGGAUCCACAGAGUCAGAACAUCUUGAAGGGAUGGAACCUGGCCAGAAAAUCCAUGAGAAGCGUUUGUCCAAUGGUUCUAUAGACUCAACUGAUGACACUAGUCAAAUAGUUGAACUACAAGAAUUACUUGAAAAGCAAAACUAUGAAAUGGCCCAGAUGAAAGAACGUUUAGCAGCCCUUUCUUCCCGGGUGGGAGAGGUGGAACAGGAAGCAGAGACAGCAAGAAAGGAUCUCAUUAAAACAGAAGAAAUGAACACCAAGUAUCAAAGGGACAUUAGGGAGGCCAUGGCACAAAAAGAAGAUAUGGAAGAAAGAAUUACAACCCUUGAAAAGCGUUACCUCAGUGCUCAGAGAGAAUCUACCUCCAUACAUGACAUGAAUGAUAAACUAGAAAAUGAGUUAGCAAAUAAAGAAGCUAUCCUACGGCAGAUGGAAGAAAAAAACAGACAGUUACAAGAACGUCUUGAGCUAGCUGAACAAAAGUUGCAGCAGACCAUGAGAAAGGCUGAAACAUUGCCUGAAGUAGAGGCUGAACUGGCUCAGAGAAUUGCAGCCUUAACAAAGUCUGAUCCAACCUCUUCUACCUCAUCUGAUGAUUAUCAAUAUGUUAUGGAAGCUAAACUACAAGAAAUGAUCUCCAUACGUAGGAAGGCUGAAGAGAGACAUGGAAAUAUUGAAGAACGUAUGAGACAUCUAGAGGGUCAACUUGAAGAGAAAAAUCAAGAACUUCAAAGAGCUAGGCAAAGAGAGAAAAUGAAUGAGGAGCAUAACAAGAGAUUAUCGGAUACUGUUGAUAGACUUCUGACUGAAUCCAACGAACGCCUACAACUACACUUAAAGGAAAGAAUGGCGGCUCUAGAAGAAAAGAAUGUUUUAAUUCAAGAAUCAGAAACUUUCAGAAAGAAUCUUGAAGAAUCUUUACAUGAUAAGGAAAGAUUAGCAGAAGAAAUUGAAAAGCUGAGAUCUGAACUUGAUCAACUGAAAAUGAGAACUGGCUCUUUAAUUGAACCCACUAUAUCAAGAACGCACCUAGACACCUCAGCUGAGUUGCGGUAUUCAGUGGGAUCCCUUGUGGACAGCCAGUCUGAUUACAGAACAACUAAAGUAAUAAGAAGACCAAGGAGAGGCCGCAUGGGUGUGCGAAGAGAUGAGCCAAAGGUGAAAUCUCUUGGGGAUCAUGAGUGGAAUAGAACUCAACAGAUUGGAGUACUAAGCAGCCACCCUUUUGAGAGUGACACUGAAAUGUCUGAUAUUGAUGAUGAUGACAGAGAAACAAUUUUUAGCUCAAUGGAUCUUCUCUCUCCAAGUGGUCAUUCUGAUGCCCAGACUCUAGCCAUGAUGCUUCAGGAACAAUUGGAUGCCAUCAACAAAGAAAUCAGACUAAUUCAGGAAGAAAAAGAAUCUACAGAGUUGCGUGCUGAAGAAAUUGAGAAUAGAGUGGCUAGUGUGAGCCUAGAAGGCUUGAAUUUGGCAAGGGUCCACCCAGGUACCUCCAUCACUGCCUCUGUUACAGCUUCAUCGCUGGCCAGUUCAUCUCCCCCCAGUGGACACUCAACGCCAAAGCUCACCCCUCGAAGCCCUGCCAGGGAAAUGGAUCGGAUGGGAGUCAUGACACUGCCAAGUGAUCUAAGAAAACAUCGGAGAAAGAUUGCAGUUGUGGAAGAAGAUGGUCGAGAGGAUAAAGCAACAAUUAAAUGUGAAACGUCUCCUCCUCCUACUCCUAGAGCCAUCAGAAUGACUCAUACUCUCCCUUCUUCCUACCACAAUGAUGCUCGAAGUAGUUUAUCUGUCUCUCUUGAGCCAGAAAGCCUUGGGCUAGGCAGUGCCAAUAGCAGUCAAGACUCUCUUCACAAAGCCCCCAAGAAGAAAGGAAUCAAGUCUUCAAUAGGACGUCUGUUUGGUAAAAAAGAAAAAGCUCGACUUGGGCAGCUCCGAGGCUUUAUGGAGACUGAAGCUGCAGCUCAGGAGUCCCUGGGGUUAGGCAAACUCGGAACUCAAGCUGAAAAGGAUCGAAGACUGAAGAAAAAGCAUGAACUUCUUGAAGAAGCUCGGAGAAAGGGGUUACCUUUUGCCCAGUGGGAUGGGCCGACUGUGGUUGCAUGGCUAGAGCUUUGGUUAGGAAUGCCUGCAUGGUAUGUGGCAGCCUGCCGAGCCAAUGUGAAGAGCGGUGCCAUCAUGUCUGCUUUAUCUGACACUGAGAUCCAGAGAGAAAUUGGAAUCAGCAAUCCACUGCAUCGCUUAAAGCUCCGAUUAGCAAUCCAGGAGAUGGUUUCCCUAACAAGUCCUUCAGCUCCUCCAACAUCUCGAACUCCUUCAGGCAACGUUUGGGUGACUCAUGAAGAAAUGGAAAAUCUUGCAGCUCCAGCAAAAACGAAAGAAUCUGAGGAAGGAAGCUGGGCCCAGACCCUGGCUUAUGGAGAUAUGAACCACGAGUGGAUUGGAAAUGAAUGGCUUCCCAGCCUGGGGUUGCCUCAGUACAGAAGUUACUUUAUGGAAUGCUUGGUAGAUGCAAGAAUGUUAGAUCACCUAACAAAAAAAGAUCUUCGUGUCCAUUUAAAAAUGGUGGAUAGUUUCCAUCGAACAAGUUUGCAAUAUGGAAUUAUGUGCUUAAAGAGGUUGAAUUAUGACAGAAAAGAACUAGAAAGAAGACGGGAAGCAAGCCAACAUGAAAUAAAAGAUGUGUUGGUGUGGAGCAAUGACCGAGUUAUUCGCUGGAUACAAGCAAUUGGACUUCGAGAAUAUGCAAAUAAUAUACUUGAGAGCGGUGUGCAUGGCUCACUUAUAGCCCUGGAUGAAAACUUUGACUACAGCAGCUUAGCUUUAUUAUUACAGAUUCCAACACAGAACACCCAGGCAAGGCAGAUUCUUGAAAGAGAAUACAAUAACCUCUUGGCCCUGGGAACUGAAAGGCGACUGGAUGAAAGUGAUGACAAGAACUUCAGACGUGGAUCAACCUGGAGAAGGCAGUUUCCUCCUCGUGAAGUACAUGGAAUCAGCAUGAUGCCUGGGUCUUCAGAAACAUUACCAGCUGGAUUUAGGUUAACCACAACAUCUGGGCAGUCAAGAAAAAUGACAACAGAUGUUGCUUCAUCAAGACUGCAGAGGUUAGACAACUCCACUGUUCGCACAUACUCAUGUUGACAAGCCACUCAAAGGAGGCAGCACUGACCUGCUAUGUCGUCUUUUCAGUCUACUCUACCUAAAGUGCACUACCAUCUAAGAAGACGAGCAGUGAAAAUAUCUGUGAAAACUGAAUUCUAAGAAACUAAUGACGUCAUGAUUUAUUAAAAGCUGAAAAAAUGUGAUUUUAGGGGAGUCAGAUGUUACAUUUGAUUAGUUUACUACAAUUGUAAUAAAAUGCUUAAGUCAUUUGAAUAAUAAACAUCUACAUCAUAAACUCUGUACAACAGAUGCUUUUAUGAAAUGAAGCCACUUGAUUUUCAUGUUUUAUUGUAAUAUACUAGGCAUUUAUGUAUUACUGUGCAUUUCUUUUUAAAUGUGUAAGUCUUAUGUAAAUGGAUAUAAAUAUGAUUUUUUAAAAAAUAAAAUAUAUGGUUCAUGGAGUCUCAAGUACAAACAUUUGACAAUUCUAAGUACUGUUUGUAUUUUACCAUUCCACCAUUUUUACAGUUUUUGAAUUGUUAACCGUCAAAUCAAUGUUUCCUUGAAGCGUGUUCCAUGCUUCAACAUGUUUCUCCUUCAAGUCUGUCAAUACUUACUUAAAGCUGAACAACCUGCCUCUGAUCAUGUAAAAAAGAAUGAUUUAACCUGGAACUGGAGCCAAAAAAUAGAGCUUUAAAGGCAAUCAGGGAUGUCCUAUAUCUUUAGAAAUAGCACUGUGAUGGCUCGAUCUCCUUUUCAAUACAAAACAAAGCCAACCUGUUUACAAGGGUCAAAAGCAAUUAUUUAAAAAUUUAUAUUAAAAAACCAUUAUCUUCUCGUUACCUGUGGACCAAGAAAAAGAAAAAAAAAAAAAAAAAAAAAAAAAAAACUUCUUUGCUAGAACCACAUGUUCAUUCAAGUAUCUUGAACUGCCAGCCAGUACUGGACAGCGAAUGUCAACCACCACAGAGUCUGAGGCUCAUUUCCACUGGAGAAAACAAAACCCAAGAAACCCUUCCCUCUUGUUAAUGGAACAGGGCAUUAGCCAGACUCAUGUCUAAUGUUAUAAGCUUUCAGCCAAGAUGGCCUUGUUGCGACUUCCCUGAAGUCAGUUUAUCAGAGGAAAUAAAUGAAAGACAGAACAAUUAACAUAUAUAGUGUAUAAAAGUAUAGAAGAGUAAUCUCUUUCCCUGUGGCUUUAUUUGGUGGUGUUACUGUUGUUUAUUCUUUGUUUAUAUGGGAGAUUCAAAGUAAAACCUAUUUAAUAAUACCAUUUAUCUAACUGCUGAUUUUCUGCUGCUUGAUCUUAUUAAGCGCAAGACCUGUCAUUAGUAAUUUCUUUUUUUGUAUUUUAAUUUGCUAUGUUUGCACGUACAUUACAUUUGUUUCGAUGUCUAUUUUUGUUUAACAGAUUCAGUCAAAAAGUAAUGGUAACAGAAACCCUUUCCAUUGUCAAUAAAAAAAAAAUACUUCCA